GCUGAUGGGCGGCACUUUGCGUUUCGUUACGUUCCAUUAUCAGUCCACGAAUAGAGUGUCAUUCUAUAGCAUAGGUUUGCUUUCUAAACAAGUCGGAAUUAUGCGUCGCAAUUGUCUGGCAAUCGCUUACGGAUUGGUUGUUCUGUGUUCAAUCAAUCCAUCUUCAGUUCGGCCACAGCAGAACGUAUCGUUGCUACCGGAAUGGCUGGUUUUUUCCCGCUACCCCAAGGUUGAUAUACAAAUUCUGGAACCACAGGGAAUCCAUAUUUGGACUAAAUACGAUCCGAAGUAUUUGCACUUUGGAGUGGAGUUGUAUGUCAAUCCGAAUGGGUACGAAGUGAGUUGUGAUGUGUGUAGAAAUAUAAGCAACCCUAUCGAUGGGAAGUUCCUCAUCCAUGACAACAACGUGAGGGUUAAACUAGGCGACACCAUCAAGUAUCGGGUGAUUCAUGCGGAAACUAACGAGGCGGAAUGGUCGUCCUGGCGGACUGUGUUCGUUGACAAACAUCUUUUCCUCCAAACCACUGCCAGUUGUUCCAUUGGCUGCGAACAUGCAGAAGCUCAUAGGAAGAUAAUGUUUUUGGAAGGAUAUCUACGGAACAUGAUCAUCAAUUGCGGUUCAAAUAGCUUCUCGGAACAUCUUGUAUUCCCUUUCCAGGAUGCCCCUAAUUUGGUGAGCGAUCCGGUUCAAUUCGUGAAAGCCCGUCUAUAUUCAGUGGAUGUUUUGAGGUCGCUAUCAGACCGAGUGGCAAGUGCGUAUAUAACGCAGAAAGGCGUUGGAUUCACAAUGCGAGACACUAUCGAUACGCUGAAGGUUUUGGAACUUGCCGGAGACCAAUUCGGAGUGGUGGAAUACGACAAAUAUAUGCUCGGUUCCGCAUUCCGAGACUCUUCUGUGACGCGUGUUUAGGUAACGUGAUUAAACAUAUAAUAAACCACAAGUAAACCGAAAACAAACAUCAUGUCCCACAUGCUGGCCGAGAAUCAUGCUGAGCAUGAGUUUAAUUUGACUUGUUUGAAUUUAAAUUAAGUGCAAACUCUUUUCAAAUAUUACGUGACUUGGUUUUAGCGCAUUCGUUUUCCUUCCUUUCUUUAAAACUAACACGAUGAAUAAAACACCCAGGAAAAUCCAUUCCUUCUUCCUUCGUAUUCCACCGCUGACAGCAGGUAGAUGGUGCCGAGAAUUGGUGGUUUCUGUUGUUAGGGGUGAUCGUUUCCUGCUCUUUCGAUUUGUGUGUUGACGAGUUUCAUCUACAUUAGUCAGGCGCUCUGAUGAUUUUGCUCACUACUCUAGAUUGAAAGAGAUGUCGGUUUGAAUUGCCGCAAUUUUAUUAUGUCCCUUCCAGCUAAUAUUUAUAGCAAGUAGUGUUGCAAUAUUGAAGUUAUUUCCUACUUAUUAGAGGAUAGUAGUUUUUGUAAUUCAAAUUGUUCUUGAUAGCAGAGUAUUUGUAUAAUGACAGUACAACACAUAGAUUGUUCAUACUUUUAGAUUCAUAUGUUGUUCAUCAGGUUCACGGAUUUACUGAAGGAAAUAAAUAGGAGAUACAUUCAAAAUGUUCAUGAGUUAAAUCAGACUAAAACCACUGUUUUACGCUUUCCUAAUGUUUCUGGAAAAUAUGGAUCUGAUCG